AUGGCUUCAGAAAUGGAUUUUUCGACUACCUUCAUCCCAUCACUAUACAAGCCUGCUGCACUGUUGCCAAUUGUACGACAUAGGCGUAAUCUGCUUUAUCUUGUUGAGACCUACCCCGUCACUAUUGUUGUCGGGCAUACCGGAAGUGGAAAGACAACGCAACUUCCACAAUAUUUGGAUCAAGCAGGAUGGGGUACAGAUGGGAAGGCCAUCGCGGUCACGCAGCCACGGCGGGUAGCGGCUACUACGGUGGCAACCAGAGUAGCUGAAGAGAUGCGCUGCAAAGUUGGCGAAGAGGUGGGCUACUCGAUCCGUUUUGAGGAUCAGACGUCUGCUUCUACAAAGAUCAAGUUCCUAACGGAUGGGAUGUUGCUUAGAGAGGCCCUUGUAGAUCCUCUUCUGUCCCGUUAUUCAGUCAUCAUGGUCGACGAGGCUCAUGAAAGGUCUCUUAGCACAGAUGUUCUCUUGGGUAUUUUGAAGAAGAUCAUGAAACGGCGGCCAGAUCUGCGCAUUAUAGUCAGCAGUGCUACCUUGCAAGCUGAAGACUUUCUCCAUUUCUUCGCUGGAGAGGAAUUCAAAAAUGACGCGGAACCGGGAGAGCUCGGCGGGAGCGUUGGAAGAAUCAUCAGUCUCGAGGGGCGAAUGUAUCCAGUCGAUACUCUUUUUCUCGAAUCACCAGCGGAAGACUAUGUAGAGAGAGCCGUCAAAACAGUGUUUGACAUACAUCUGCAAGAAGACGAGGGGGAUAUUCUAGUCUUUCUAACGGGACGGGAGGAAAUCGACACGGCCAUUCAAUUGAUUUCCGAGCGUGGUGCUACGUUGCACCCUAAGGCACAAGCCGUACAGCCACUGCCUUUAUAUUCUGGUCUUACCACAGACCAGCAAAUGUACGUUUUCGAAUCAGCACCGGAAAAAACGCGCAAGGUCAUUGUGUCGACCAACAUCGCGGAAGCGUCAGUGACAAUUGAUGGGAUUGUUUACGUGGUUGACUGUGGCUUUGCAAAACUCAGGGCAUAUAGUCCCGGCACUGGGAUUGAGACGUUGACCGCGGUGCCUAUUUCAAAAGCCGCUGCAGUCCAGCGAGCAGGUCGUGCCGGACGUACCAAGCCCGGUAAAUGUUUCCGUCUCUACACCCAAGAGGCAUACGAACACCUUCCAGAUGCUACAGUCCCAGAAAUCCAACGGUCAAAUUUGACGCCUGUCCUUAUGCAGCUCAAGGCUUUGGGUAUAGAUAACAUUGUCCGGUUUGAUUUUCUGACGCCUCCUCCCGCGGAGCUAGUGAUCCGCGCAUUCGAGCUUCUAUAUUCUCUUGGUGCUGUGGAUGACUAUGCCAAACUCACCAAGCCGUUGGGGAUGCGAAUGGCCGAACUCGCGGUUGAUCCUAUGAUGGGCAAAGCCCUUCUUUCUGCUCCAUCAUUUGACUGUCUAAGCGAAAUCCUGACGAUUGCCGCCAUGGUCAGUCUCCAGGGAGCCGUAUGGGUACAUCAUGAGGGAGAUAGGAAAUUGUCGGAGAGCAGUCGCAGGAAAUUUGCUGUCGAAGAGGGCGAUCACUUGACGUAUCUCAAUGUUUACCAAACAUUCGUCACGAAAGGGAAGAAGGAUUCCAAGUGGUGCCGCGACAACCUUCUAAACUACCGGUCUUUGCAGCGCGCCGUGAGUAUCCGGGCCCAGCUCAAACGCUAUCUCGAGCGGUUUGGUAUCAAGGCCGACGAGUCACUUUCUUCCUCCAGCUAUCGACAGGCGGAUUUGAGCAGGAAACCUGAGCAGAUCCAGAGAUGUCUUACAACGGGCUACUUUGCUCACGCUGCCAAGAUGCAACCUGAUGGGACGUUUAAGGCUGUCAGUGGUGGUCUUAAACUUCAUGCACAUCCCAGUUCUCUGAUGUUUAACCGAAAAGCAGACUGGGUCAUCUUCCAUGAAAUCAUGCAAACAAGUGACAAGACAUUCAUCCGAGAUGUCACUAAGAUCGAAAGGAGCUAUCUCACGGAAUACGCUCCCAACUUCUACAGAGUCCAGUGA